AUUGGAGCCAGAUAGUACCAACAGCGAGUGAUAAUGCAUACAAUCAUUGCAUGAAAAUGAUAUUUAACAUCGUGAUUCACCUAAUGAUGCAAGAUCCUUGGUAAAAUAUAUUGGACCAGAGCAGAGCACAAAAAGUAAAAGAUCUGACCCGGGACGAUUGACUUUCAGAUGCUUACAGUCUCAACUGGCAGUCUACGCAAUGCUCACAGGCUACCCAAUGAUUUCAAUGGGUAAAUUUGUUCCCCUAUUGGUAUUCAUCUUUCAUGUCACAGAGGGCGCCGUCAAAUCUAACGAGACACAACUGUACGAAGACCUAUUUAAAAAUUACAACAAAUAUAACCAUCCAACAGUCAAAGGGGCUGAUGCUGUCAAGGUCGUGUUUGAUUUCCAACUCAUUCGUAUAAUUGAUGUGAGUGCCAAGGACCAGUUCAUCAAGACUUAUGCCUGGGUUAACCAGUACUGGAAUAAUCCUCAGCUUAGAUGGGAUCCCAAUAAGUACAAUGGAAUCAAAGAAAUUCAUAUACAGCCAUCCGAUGUAUGGGUCCCUGAUAUCCUCUUAUACAACAAUGUUGAUGAAGAAGACCGUUUUGCUGGUGGAAAGUUUACUUACAAAACCAACGUUGCCAUGACACACGAUGGAAACAGCACAUGGCUUAACCCCGCUAUUUUCAAAAGUAUUUGUAAAGUGGACGUAACGUAUUUCCCGUUCGAUGAGCAGGAUUGCUCCCUGAAGUUUGGUUCAUGGUCCUUCGACAGCUCAAAAGUAGAUCUUCACGCACACGGUGGAAGUAUGAUGAACGACAACUACGUCAAGAACGGAGAAUGGAGGUUGACACUAUUGAAAUCUCAAAGAAAUAAACAAAAAUAUCAAUGCUGCCCGCACGAAUUCAUUGAUGUUACGAUACAGAUGCAGCUACAGCGAGAAUCGCUGGACUAUAUUUUGAAGUUAAUCAUUCCAUGCUCGCUGAUUUCUUCCAUGAUAUUUUUGGGUUUUGUUCUUCCGCCUGAAUCUGGUGAACGAAUAGGGCUGAGUAUCACAGUUCUGUUGGCAAUGACUGUGUUUCAACAACUCAGCUCCGAGCUAAUGCCUUCGUAUGGAUUUCCACUGCUUGGGCAAUACUACUUCGCCUGUAUGAUCGAGAUAGGCGCUUCCCUGGUUGUCACUACUCUCAUACUAAACUUUUAUCACCGUAACAGUCGACGAAUGCCAAAAUUUUUGAGGGUUGUGAUAUUAAAAUGGCUGGCUCGAGUGGUAUUCCCAAAAAGUAGCGCCAAAGACUGGGAAGUGAUUUCAACAAAUGUGGAAGCGCCCAAUUGCAAGUCAACUGCGAAUGGUAAUGGAGAACAGGGCGACUCUGAUAGCGAAAAAGGUUCGUUUUUCCUUGUGCAAUCGCUUUUGGAGCACGACAAAUCAAAGAUUUCUCCCACAUAUUCCGAUCCGUGGAUCCCAUUGGAAAGGAAGAAUGAGUUUGGCAAUUCGGCAAACGGCACAUCACACUACAAGAACACAAAUGGCCAAGCUUACGACAUGCUAUCGGGAAACAGGUCCAGGCAUACUGGAAACCAAAGAAAAACAAGAUUUUCAAACUACCAAAAUAACACCCGGAGAAAGACCUCAAGGGAUCAUUGUUGCACUCAUCACCAAAGCCCCGAGAAAAGAGGCUCGUCCAUUGGUGCUACAUCUAUUCUUUUGGACCUUUUUCAGAGUACGAACGACUCGGAGCUUUCGCCACAAAUGUUAAAGAAUCAAAAGGAGUGGAUUAAGGCGGCACGUGUGUUGGAUAGACUGUUUCUGAUUAUCUCCGUGUUGAUUGGUGUAACUACUCUCUUUGCCUUGUUUCUAAAGGCUCCAAGGUUUCGUUGAGAUAACUUGAACAGAGGCUUUAAGUUAAGUGUAUGUGCAAUAUUCACAGAAAGCGCGCCCAAAAAGUUGCUUUAAAUGGCAAAUAUAACAUGCUUUCUUUGCACUCAAAGAAAGAGAAAAACGACUUCAUCGAAGCUUUUUUCUCCGUCAGGAAAAUACCUUUUCACUAGUUUGAAAGAAGGAGAAAGGCAUUAACUCAUUUGAAAUUACAUUUUAUGCAAGUUGAA